AAGGUCGUUUUACAGAUCCAUCCGCUGAGGUGUACCCGCUCCUUUCUUUGUAUAUUUUUACAUGUUUGCAGGACCUAUUUUGUCUUAACCCUCGCCGAUGCAGUCUGCAGCUAUUUAACAUUAAUUACAGAAAAUCGUUGCAUGAAACGAACGUUGCAUGAGCACGGACUAUUUUAUAGCCGGGGUUUGUUCUUUGUGUUAUCCACUGUGAAAAUUCCUCCGCGAUGUUACGUCUGAGGCUACAGGGCGUUGAAGGAUCAGAAACAAAAACAAGACGAGGAGUCUGGAGCUCAUCAGCGGUGGCGGCUCUGUGACCUCUAUCACUAGCCCUGUCUGCGCUAUGUUCCCCGCCGCAGCCGCGCUCGGUGCCCUCUGAUGUGUCCGGUGACUAAAGUGACCCGUCCUGUGCCUUCCAGCAUGUCCCCGCAGUAAGGCGGUCGGAUCACCGCUCUGCCUAUGUGACACCCGGACCCCAGUGCAGAUCCCAGGUGAAGGAUUUAGCAGUGAUGGGAAACACCAGCAACGAGGCCUUCAUCCUCCUAAAGCAGCUGAACGUGCACCUGGAGCAGGAGUACAAGUACCAGCCCCGGGAGAAGGGCCUGGUCCUCAUAGAGGCUACUGCAGAGAAUGACAAUACAAUCUGUCAAAGAUCCAGAAAUGCAAAAGUGGAAGACUUAUGGAGUUUAACAAACUUUUUUGGUUUGGGUAUGGAGACCUUUGUCUUGGCUGUAAACAUUUUGGACAGAUUUUUGGCUAUUAUGAAGGUGAAGCCAAAGCACUUGUCCUGUAUUGGUGUUUGCUGCUUUCAGCUGGCAGCAUGCGUUGUAGAAGAGGACUGUAACAUCCCAUCCGUCCAUGAUGUUAUCCGAAUCAGCCAAUGUAAAUGCACUGUGUCCGAUGUUAAACGUAUGGAGAAAAUCAUUUCAGAAAAACUGCACUUUGAAUUCAAAGCUACCACUGCCUUAACCUUCUUGCACUUGUACCAUACAAUAGUACGGUGCCACUCUGAGAGGAAAGAAGUAUUAAACCUCGACAAACUAGAAGCUCAGCUGAAAGCUUGCAACUGCCGGCUCAUAUUUUCCAAAGCAAAACCCUCAGUGUUAGCCUUGUGCCUUCUUACCCUUGAAGUAGAAACCUUGAAGUCUCUGGAACUAUUUGAGAUUGCCCUUCGUGUACAAAAAUAUUCAAAGGUUAAUGACACAGACAUGCUCUACUGGAGGGAGUUGGUAUCAAAAUGUCUAGCAGAUUAUUCCUCUCCUGAAUGCUGCAAACCUGACCACAAGAAGCUAGUAUGGAUUGUGUCCAGACGCACCGCACAGAACCUGCAUAAUAGUUACUACAGUGUUCCAGAGCUACCAACUAUUCCAGAGUACGGCUAUAUGAGUGAGAGUGAGGACUGGUGUGAAGAUAUGAGCAGUGGAGAAGACAGUCUGAGCAGCUCUCCUCCAAGUGACCUUGAGGCUUCUUUCUUUUUUGAUGAUUACAAGCCAAAACUGAAGUGUCGUAAUAGUCACCUUUAUCCUUUGUAACAAAGGAUCAUAUGUUUUGUGUGCAUGUGAUGUAAAGUAUGAUGAGCGGAAGAGGUGAUUGUCACAAACUGCAGAUUUGGUUUUAUUUGCCUUUUUGAGUUUAUCAAUGUUUUAAAAUGCCAACAUGGGAAUCUGUUGUAAUACUUUUUUUUUAAAUUUAUUGUUUUUCUUUAAAGCUUAAUAUUCAGUCAGUGUAUAAAGUUUUGAGUAAGACCUGAACAUGGAGCGAUUUAAGGUAUCCAUUUCAUGUUUCCUUUAUUUUAUUGUAACUUUAUUAGUAAGUUCCUUAAGUGCUGUAUUAAGGGGCUGGUGUUCAUAUGUAGUAAUGAAUAUUCAGCCAUUGUUAAAUGUACUACAUUCCAUAGCACUUUUUAAUCUUAUGUGUUAUAUUUAAAAAAAGAAAAAUUAAUCCCAUCCAUGUUUGGAAACAAUUGUUAAAGGUACUACAAAUGUUUCUCUGCUAUGUGUGUGGUAAAAAGGUAUGCAUUCAGUAGAUAUGAUUUGUACUCUGAGCAAUAUUCACCUUUCUUGCUCACAGCAUGCUUUCAAGCCAUGCCCUUAAAUAUUGUAAUACAGGUUGAGUAUCCCAUAUCCAAAUAUUACAAUAUACAGAUUUUUUGCGCGAGAUAGUGAAACCUUUUGUUUUCUGAUUGCUCGAUGUAUACAAACUUUGUUUAAUGCACAAAGUUAUUAAAAAUAGUGUAUUAAAUUACUUUCAGGCUGUGUGUAUAUGGCAUAUAUGAAACAUAAAUGCAUUCUGUACUUAGACUUAGGUCCCAUCGCCAUGAUAUCUCAUUAUGGUAUGCAAUUAUUCCAAAAUAUGGAAAAAUACGAUAUCCAAAAUACCUCUGGUCCCAAGCAUUUUGGAUAAGGGAUAAUCGACCUGUAUGAAAUUAUGCAUAAUUUAGACUUGUAUGGUUCUUCCGUAGUGAGCAAAAUAAAUAUGGGGACGGUACAAUGAUUCUGCAGGGCAGUACCUACCCUGUUCUAAAUGUAUAGCCAUACAUGUGUGGGUCCCUUCCCCUGGAAACUUCUCACAUUUUUAUAGAGUCAGUGUUUCAUUUUUGUACUGGAGGAAUGCAAAAGGAACAAACCUAGGAUUCGUGUGCCUUUUAUUUUCCAGUUACCUUUUUGGUAGGUAGAGCUUUCAUCUCUAUGCAACCUUUGUCAACGCAACUUUGUUGGCUUUUGUUUCAGAGAAGCAUUGUUAAAAGCAUCACACAUGUAAUGUACUGCAUUUCCACCCUAUGGAGCAGGACAGAUGGUAACUAUUUGCAAAUAUGUGGGGGUAGGAGUAUUAGAGAGAAAAAACCAUCACUUGUUUUGCAUGUCAUUUUUUGAGUGUGUAUUUUGGUGCUUCUAUUAUGCCAAGCUUAAAGUAAUCUUAGUUGCACAUAAUUUAUUUAUCUUUCAAAGUGUAUUACUGAGGCUUAAUACCAAUGUAAGUGUAGCAGAACUAAAUACAAAGUCCCUUGUAAAUGAAGACUUUCAACAAAAACACAACCUAGUGCAAAGUGAUAAUGUUUAUUUAAUCUAACAUCUGCUCACUGCAGUUUUUGUUUUUUAUUUUGCCAAAUUAAAGGUUGCCUAUAUUUCUCUGUUGCUUCUAAGAAGCUUAACUGUUAAGAGUGUUAAGUAAACUGUUCUUUUAUUGGUAGAAGAUAAAAAAAAAAAAAACAUGCGUGGGUUUUUUUUUUUUCCUCUCAAGGGGGAAAAAAAACUUUCUGCAUGUUGGUUACAAAUGUGAAUUGUGAACUCUUUAAAGAGAUUUCAUCAUGACUUAGUGCGUGUGUGUAAGUACAAAUGUGGAUGGUGCUAGAAUUGUGUGUGUGUGUGUGGAUAGUUGCGUGUAAACAAAUGUACAGAAAAAAAAUGUAAAUUGAAAAAAUGUAUAGAAAAAAAGUAAAAACCCAAAAUGCACAGAAAAAUGUUUAU